GCUGAGACGGAGAGCUCAGCUCACAGCUCUGUAGUGUAAACAGUGUAGGAAGGCAGAAUGACUGAGAGCGCACUGCUUACAGUAAACCAUAAAUAGAGCAAUCGAGCUGCGAUGGCUUUCUCCGCGGCAGCAUCGCACUGGUAUACUUAGAACAAAGACCAUGGAUGGAUGUGCAGGGGCACUUACGUUUAGUUUGCUGCAGUUGCCCCUUAGUGGAUCUGCUGGCUGACUUCUGAGAGUUUGUCUUUUUUCCAAUGGCUUUGGCUACUGCUUUUCCUUCUUAUUGGGAACUGUGACCUCCUAAAGUGAUGGAUACGAACAUGAGGAAGUUUACUGUACGGAGAUUCUUCUCAGUUUACCUGCGUAAGAAAUCUCGCUCAAAGAGCUCCAGCAUCAGUAGAUUUGAGGAUGAAGGCAUUCUGAAGGAAAUUGACAUCAGUCAUCAUGUAAAAGAAGGUUUUGAGAAAGCAGAUCCAUCACAGUUUGAACUUCUCAAAGUACUGGGGCAGGGAUCAUAUGGAAAGGUUUUUCUUGUAAGGAAGAUAAAAGGUUCUGAUGCAGGUCAACUCUAUGCCAUGAAGGUUCUUAAGAAAGCCACUCUGAAAGUACGUGAUCGAGUGAGGUCAAAAAUGGAGCGAGACAUUUUGGCAGAAGUAAAUCAUCCUUUCAUUGUCAAACUUCAUUACGCGUUCCAGACUGAAGGAAAACUAUAUUUAAUCCUGGACUUCUUGAGAGGUGGUGAUCUUUUUUCUCGGCUCUCCAAAGAGGUGAUGUUUACAGAGGAAGAUGUAAAAUUCUAUCUAGCUGAGCUGGCCUUGGCUUUAGACCAUCUCCAUGGACUUGGUAUCAUUUACCGGGAUCUCAAGCCAGAAAACAUCCUCCUAGAUGAAGAGGGACACAUUAAGAUAACAGAUUUUGGACUGAGCAAAGAAGCAAUUGACCAUGAUAAACGAGCUUAUUCGUUUUGCGGAACAAUAGAAUACAUGGCACCAGAGGUCGUCAACAGAAGAGGUCACACUCAAAGUGCAGACUGGUGGUCUUUUGGUGUAUUAAUGUUUGAGAUGCUGACAGGUUCUCUGCCUUUUCAAGGGAAAGACAGAAAAGAAACAAUGGCCCUUAUUCUAAAAGCAAAACUGGGAAUGCCACAGUUUCUGAGUCCAGAAGCUCAGGGAUUAUUGAGAGCUCUGUUUAAAAGGAAUCCUUCCAAUCGUCUAGGAGCUGGGCUUGAUGGAGUUGAAGAGCUUAAGCGCCAUUGUUUUUUUGCCACAAUAGACUGGAAUAAGCUAUACAGGAAAGAAAUAAAACCACCUUUUAAACCAGCUGUUGGAAGACCAGAAGAUACAUUUCAUUUUGAUCCAGAAUUCACAUCACGGACUCCUGAAGAUUCUCCCGGUGUCCCUCCAAGUGCCAAUUGUCAUCAGCUUUUCCGAGGUUUUAGCUUUGUUGCACCAAAUCUGGGCCAAGAUCUUGUACAGACAGACUUGCACAAAAUAUCGAUGAAUCCCAUUGUUCAGCAACUGCACAGGGACAAUAUUCACUUCAGAGAUGGUUAUGAGAUCAAAGAAGAUAUUGGAAUUGGAUCCUAUUCUGUUUGCAAGCGUUGUGUUCAUAAAGCCACUGGUGCUGAAUUUGCUGUAAAGAUAAUCGACAAGAGCAAAAGAGAUCCUUCUGAAGAGAUUGAGAUUCUCCUACGAUAUGGCCAGCACCCGAACAUUAUCACUCUGAAGGAUGUCUAUGAUGAUGGAAAGUAUGUGUUCCUAGUGACUGAACUCAUGAGGGGAGGAGAGCUAUUGGACAGAAUCCUCCUGCAAAAGUAUUUUUCUGAACGAGAGGCGAGUGCUGUCCUCUGUAUGAUAACCAAAACUGUGGAUUAUCUGCACUCGCAAGGGGUUGUCCAUCGGGAUUUGAAGCCCAGUAAUAUCCUGUACAUGGAUGAGUCUGGAAACCCAGAUUCCAUUAGGAUCUGUGACUUUGGAUUUGCUAAACAGCUGCGAGCUGAAAAUGGACUGCUGAUGACACCAUGUUAUACAGCAAACUUUGUGGCUCCAGAGGUACUUAAACGACAAGGUUAUGAUGCAGCUUGUGAUGUGUGGAGCUUAGGAGUUCUACUCUACACCAUGCUAGCAGGCUAUACUCCAUUUGCUAAUGGCCCUGAUGACACCCCUGAAGAAAUCCUUGCACGAAUUGGAAGUGGAAAAUUUGCACUUUCUGGAGGAAACUGGGACACACUGUCUGAUGCAGCAAAGGACAUUGUUUCCAAGAUGUUGCAUGUGGAUCCCCAUCAGCGCCAAUCCGCAGCCCAAGUUCUUCGGCACCCCUGGAUAGUGAACCGAGACUACUUACCACAGAGUCAGCUCACCCGACAGGAUGUUCAGCUGGUUAAGGGCGCAAUGGCAGCAACAUACUCUGCUCUGAGUCGCACACCUAAAGCACCUAAACUAGAACCUGUACUGGCUUCCAGUUUGGCACAGAGGAGAGGGAUGAAGAGACUCACUUCUACAAGGUUAUAGCACGUCCCAAAAAUCCCUAGUAGAGCGGCCAUGCAAGACUUCUUUUUGAGCUACUUGCCUACCAGGAUAAAAAGACUGUGAAAAAAAUCCAUUGAUGCUAACAUCAGCUUUAGGCAAUGCUACCACAGGCUUUAAAUCUGGGUAACUAUUGAGCAGGUUCCUACAAGCACUUUGUACAAUAUACCCAAAUGCUUCUUUUAGAAAUCUGUGUGUAAAUGGAAGCAUAGGCUAAGAAAAUGCAAGUUAUGUGGCCUGGGACCAUUAAAAUGGCUCUGGCAUCCUUGACAGUAUUACAUCAGCAAACAGAUGCUGUGCUGAAUGAAUGCCAUGCAGUUAAGUAAACAGCCCUCAUGUGGAAUCUUUUAACAUACUAAAGAUAACUUACUAUAUCUGAAAUGGAUUUAGCAGUAUACAGGGUGCUAAGGUACUGUAUACAGUUCAGUGGGUCGGUCUGCAUCCACACAGCAGUGUCAACGCUUUUGUUGCUUAUUAUCACAGAGCACUAUCUUCCUGCCUGCCUAGGGUUGCCACCUUUUCAAAUGCCCAAAGUGUGACAUUUUUGGUACAAAUGUCAGUUUUUGCAGGGCAAAACAUACCCAUGUCCAGUACAAAGGGCACAACAUCACUUCUUUGUCUAAAUAAAAGCUUAUACUUGCAGUAUUUGAGUUGCUUAUUCUGUUUCUUAUAAUAUUUAGGUGUUUCAGAUACA